AUGGGAAACAACAGACUGCACUUUCUGCUCAUCAUCAUCGGAUUACUGCAAUCAUCCAUGAUGAUCGCCACGACAACCUUAAACAGGGUUAGUCUGACAGACAAGGCUGCACUUGUAACCUUCAAGUCCCGGUUGUUGUUGGAUCCCGACAGCGUCUUGGCAACGAAUUGGUCGGAAACGAGCUCUCACUGCAGCUGGGUCGGCGUUUACUGCGGCCGCCGGCAUGAUAGAGUGACAGCCUUGCUUCUUCCUAGUAUGGGUCUCAGAGGAACCAUUGCUGGAGACAUAGGAAACCUGUCUUUCCUGGUUUCCAUCGACAUUAGCGACAAUAGCUUUUAUGGACAUGCCCCGGAAGAACUUGGGCGGUUGAGGCGGCUGAGGAGUUUGUUUAUGGACACCAAUCAACUUUCUGGGAACAUUCCGGCAGCUUUUGGGUUGUUGACUAAUCUUCGAGUUCUCAACAUGUCACAAAACUAUCUCAGUGGAAAUAUGCCAAAAGAAAUAGGGAACUUAUCAGCCCUGCAACAGUUAGCUCUAGGGAGGAAUAAUCUCACAGGGAAUAUAUGGAGUGAAUUUGGGAACUUAUCAUCACUACAAAGAUUAUUACUUUUUGUGAACAACUUGGCUGGUACUAUUCCAGCUUCAAUUGCCAAUCUGUCAAACUUGGAGGUAUUUGAUAUUGCGCAUAACAGUAUCAAUGGAGACAUUCCUUAUGAACUUGGGCACCUAUCAAGUCUGAAAGCAUUUCAUCUUAAUUUCAAUAGUUUUGAGGGUGAAUUCCCAAGGCCAUUGUUGAACAUAUCAGGGUUGCAGAAGAUUGCUCUUAUAGGCAACACCUUUUCUGGGAAUCUUCCACCAGACUUAGCUUACAGGCUUCCGAAUAUCCAAGGCCUUUUUCUAGCUAUCAACAACUUCAGUGGAAACAUUCCUCCCUCUAUCUCAAAUGCCUCUAAACUUGAAAAUUUGGAUCUUGGAAGAAAUUUCUUGAGUGGAUAUAUCCCUACAACUUUUGAAAAUUUAGAUAAGCUUUUGUUCCUCAGCAUGCAGUUUAAUCGAUUGAGAAAGGAUCCAUCAAGCCCUGAGCUUGGCUUCCUUGCUUCCCUGAUGAAAUUGAAGCAACUCAAAACUAUACAGAUAGGAAACAAUCCAUUGAAUGGAACUUUUCCAAGAUCCUUCCCUGUUGGUAAUCUAUCCAUGUCUCUUAUGACAUUUCUUGCGGCUUCGAGUGGCAUUAGAGGCCAAAUUCCUAUUGAAAUUGGGAACAUGACCAAGCUAUUCUGGCUUGGCUUAGAUGAUAAUUAUUUGACUGGAAUGGUUCCAACAACAUUGGGAAAUCUACAACAAAUGCAAAGGAUAAAUCUAGGAGACAAUAGGUUAGAUGGAACAAUCCCAGCCAACAUAUGCAAUUUGAAGGAUUUAUAUUUCCUGGGAUUGCACAACAACAAGCUUUCAGGGAGGAUACCAAGCUGCCUGGGAAAUCUUUCUUCACUCACACAAUUAUACCUACAUUCAAAUCAAUUUUUUUCUAGUUUGCCACCAUCCUUAUGGUUGAAUAACAAAAUCCAAAUUUUAGAUUUGUCUUCAAAUCAUCUCAGUGGCUCUAUAUCCCUCAAUGUCGGUUCGUUGAGCAGCAUUACAGAGUUAUAUCUAUCAUCAAAUCAGUUCACUGGUGAGAUUCCAAGCACUUUAGGGCAGCUACAACAUUUAGUAAAUCUUUCAUUGUCAAUAAACAUGUUACAUGGUCAUAUACCUGAAUCAUUUGGCAGCUUAGUAGCCCUAGAAUACUUGGAUCUUUCACAGAAUAAUCUUUCCGGUGUCAUUCCCAUGUCCUUGGAGAAACUUCAGUAUCUCGUCUAUUUAAAUGUUUCUUUCAAUCAUCUUACUGGGAAAAUACCUGAUGGAGGACCUUUUAGAAACUUCUUUACUCAAUCUUUUAUGGGUAAUGAUGCUUUAUGUGGGUUGCAGCUUGGAGCUUGUGAAAGUCCUGAACAUGGGGAGCUAAGAAAAGUGAGGAGUUUGUUAAAGUAUGUUCUACCAACACUUGGACUGAUACUACUUAUAGCCAUUUUUGUGAUUGUGGCGUUAAGAUCACAAAGCAAAAACACAAAGUUUCAAGACGGAACUAGUCUAGAGCCUCGUCAUUUCAUGCGCAAGAGGAUCUCAUACUAUGAUAUGCUCCGGGCAACAGACAACUUUGAUGAAUGUAAUUUGAUUGGGAGUGGAUGCUAUGGUUCAGUGUACAAGGCGAAAUUUGUUGAUGGGGCGAUUGCUGUUGUGAAGGUGUUUAACCUGGAUUCGCGGGGUGCAUUCAAGAGCUUUGAUACAGAGUGCGAAGCAAUGCGUGACAUUCGCCAUAGGAAUCUUGUUAAGGUCAUUGGCAUUUGCUCCAACCUGGAUGUUAAAGCCUUGGUUCUUGAAUACAUGCCAAAUGGAAACUUGGAAAGGUGGCUUUACAGCUUCAACUAUUGCCUGGAUUUUGUUAAAAGGCUGGAAAUCAUGUUAGAUGUGGCAUAUGCACUAGAGUAUCUGCAUCAUAAUUAUUUGCACCCUAUGGUGCACUGUGACUUGAAGCCCAGCAAUGUCCUUUUAGAUGAAGACAUGGUUGCACAUUUAGGUGACUUUGGCAUAGCCAAAAUCUUGACCCUACAGAAUCAGGCUGCACAAACAGAUACAUUAGGCACCAUUGGGUAUAUGGCACCAGAGUAUGGAACAGCUGGAAUAGUUUCUACAAUGGGGGAUGUUUACAGCUAUGGGAUUCUUUUGGCAGAAACUUUUACAAGAAAGAAACCCACAGAUGAAAUGUUCUUUGGUGAUCUAACAAUGGAAAGAUGGAUUUCUGAAUCAUUUCCUGGGAACAUUAUGCAGAGAGUGGAUGGCAAUUUGGUGGUGGAGGGUGAAAAGAAUUUUGCAAUGAAGCAAAUUUUCCUAAAAUCAAUCAUGGAGUUGGUUCUUCAAUGCACACAGAACUUACCUGAGAAUAGAAUCAACAUGAAACAAGUAGUAGAUGCACUUAAGAAGAUCAUUUCCAAGUUUCACCAAAAUUGA